AGUGCAUGUUGCAUACCCCUUGUUCAAGUUGAGCAAAAAUUCCUCUCUUUUGAAUGUCUCAUAGGGAGACAUGAUUAUUUUAGUUGGAAGAAAAAGUGUAGGAGAGUAAUGAGAAUGCACAGUGGUGGAUGUUGUUCCUUUAAUUUUAGCGAAAUCACACAUUUUCUUAAUAGUGAAGCUGCAAAGUACAGAUAGGUAAGAAACCAAAAAAGCUGUUAGAUGUCAUUAUCAAAGGCUUAAAAAGGUGUGGGUAGAAGAAAUGGCCAUUGAGAGUUACCUCUCUAUCAUCGAUGGCCUUAAUCAUAGCUCAUCACUAGCAUCCAUCUAGAGUUAUUAAACAAAGUUUCGCGAGUGAGUGAGUGAGUGAGUAUAUACUAUAUAUUAGUGAGGAGAAAGUUGAGGGGUUGGUUAAACUCCAAAGAGAAGAGUUGGGGUUUGUGACCAGGCCUUAUUGUUAUUUAUAUAUUUGAGUUUUGUGGGGCUAAAAAACGGACCAAAAGAUCUUUAAUCUCUUCUCCGAGCACACUCUGCCUCUCUUUGCAGAAGCAUCAACAAGCUCUCAUAGGCCACAGGUUUUGGUUUUUUGGGAUCAGCAGCAGUGACAGAAGCAGAACCCUCAGUAGCUGGCAGAUGAAGCCUCAACAAGUAACCACAGUUAAUAGUGUCAGGAACUAAGCAAAAUCAAAGAGUACUAUACUACCAUACUACCAUACCAAAAUACCAACCUCAACAAGACCUACAAGAAACCCUUUAGACAAGUAAAAGAAAAAAAGGAAUCUGAAUCUCACCCUAUAGACACAAGAAUCAAAAAAGGAAGAACAAUUUAUGAGCAUAUAAAGUGGGGGGGUGUCAAUUGUCAUCACUCAUCAACAAGUUGUGCAAACUGCAAAGGGGAGCAAACUUAAACUAUGCAGAAAGCACAAUAGAAGAAGCUGAGGAAUGGGCAUGAAGAGCACUGGGGGAGAGAUUGUUCAAGUCCAAGGAGGGCACAUUGUUCGGUCCACAGGUAGAAAAGAUAGGCACAGCAAGGUUUACACUGCAAAGGGUCCUCGUGAUCGAAGGGUUAGGCUCUCAGCACACACUGCUAUUGAGUUCUAUGAUGUUCAAGAUCGUUUAGGCUAUGACAGACCAAGCAAAGCCGUGGACUGGCUCAUCAAGAAGGCCAAGAAUGCUAUUGAUAAGCUUGGUGAGCUUCCUCCAUGGCACCCUACUCCUAACACUGCUGCAGAUGCUGAGAACAACAACAACAACAACAAUGCAGGGUCAAGUGACAUGGCCAUUGCAGCAGAACAAUCUGAGUCUUCUGGUUACAAUUUUCAGCUGCAAAGGCAAUUAGGUGAGGACCAUGAUAACCACCAUUCGGCUUUCAUUCCCUCACCUAUUGACACUGAUGCAAUAGCCUUCUUUCCAACAACCACUGCAACCUCCUCCAUCAAUUUCCAAACCUACCCUCCUGAUAUAAUCUCAAGAACCAACAACUCCACUGAGGAUCUUGGCCUUUCCCUUCACUCCUUCCAAGACCCUGGUUUGAUUCAUGGCCAGACCCAAGCAGGUGCAAACCAGACACAAACACCUUCCAAUGACCAAAGCCUCUUCUCUGGCUCAACUCAAGUGGGGUUUGAGGCCAAUUACCCCAGGAUUGUCACUUGGAACAGUGAUGCAAGCAUAGAUAUGAACAGAACCGGGUUCAUGGUCAAUUCACCAGCACUUCUAGGCCAAGGUGGUUCUGCUGCAUUUUCCCAAAGGGGGACCCUUCAGUCCAGUUUCUCACCAUCACUUCGUCCUUGGAGUGAGAUUCCAAUGGCUUCAUCAGAACAUCACAAGUCACAGCCAAUUCAACAAGCUUCAAUCUUUGGCAGCAGGUUUCUGUCUGAUGCAUUGCCGGGGUUCUGCAUUCCUGCUAGAAUCCAAGGAGAGGAUGGAGUUGGUCCUGACAAGCCAUCAUCUUCUUCUCCUAAUUCUCAUCACUGACCACAAACUUGAACUGCACAAUGCAGCACUGUUCCUUAUCUAUCAGGAGCUUGGAAACGUGGGAGGAUUAAGAUGGACGCAUUUUGAUGAUCUACACAAUUUGUCUGGUUGGAUCCAUCUUUUUUAUGGCCUUCUUUCCCCUCCUUAUUGCAGCCAUUUACAUUGGUGCUUUAUAUAUUUUUUAAGGAAAAAGAUAUUUAUGUAUUAUGCAUUAUAUUCACAUGAUACUUUGCUCAAUUUAUAUAUGGAUUUAAGCUGGAUUCCGUGGUUGUAUCCCCUACCGUUUCGUUAAUGUUGAUAAUAGCAUAGUUCAUCCAAUAUCAAGUGAACAGAAGAGAUUCCAUGCCAAUUCUCGGUGAACACCACUUCAAGAAAAACUUAAAUCUAGUAUGGUUUUGAUUUAGUAGAAAGUGAUUUUGCUUUCCUUUUUCCCCAAGUACAUUUAAAGGAACACUUUAGUAGUCAAAACCACUUUCUUGAACCAUUUGGCUUUGUAUUUCUGCAUCUGCUUCAAUUUCAAGUAACACCAUCAAGACGAAACUACAGAUGGCUUGUAAUGUCUCAAAUAAUAGGCAAAGUUGUAAAUUGUGAUUGUGGUUGAAA